AUGUUCCUGCACAGGCUUCCUAUUCCCGUGGAGAAUACACUAACCCAGCUUUCUAAGCCUCAUGCUCCAACUCAUACCCGUUCCCAAACACGCUGCAGCUUCUUCCCUCGUCCGCUCUUUCCCAGUUCUCAAAGCCACAUGACGGCACUUCAUUCCCCGAAUGUGGCUGCCGUUUCGGGGUCUUGGCCGGAGCCGGAGCCGUUGCCGCCGAUGUUGCGACCCGAUCUGAUGCCGAAGCAGGUGGCGGUGAUUAUGGAAGGAAAUGGGAGGUGGGCCAAGAUGAGGGGGUUGCCGGCAUCGGCGGGCCAUGAGGCUGGCGUGCAGUCACUGAGGAGGAUUAUCGUUCUCUGUUGCGGUUGGGGGAUUAAGGUUCUCACCGUUUUCGCGUUUUCUCACGAUAACUGGGUUCGCCCGAAGGUGGAGGUUGAUUUUUUGUUGAUGCUCUUUGAAAGAACCAUUGGCUCCCAAAUUGAGACUUUCAAAAGGGACGGCAUUCAAAUAUCAGUGAUAGGAGACACAACAAAACUCCCAGCCACUCUUCAAAGGAUGAUAAGUAACGCAGAGGAGAAAACAAAGCAAAACUCAAGACUACAACUAAUUAUAGCAAUUAACUACAGUGGCAAAUACGACGUCGUGCAGGCCUGCAUGACCAUCGCAGGGAAGACCACAAACGGCGUCGUCGAGGUAGAAGACAUCAACGAAAGCCUCGUGGAGCAAGAACUUGAAACCAAGUGCACUGAGUUCCCGAACCCAGAUCUGAUGAUUCGAACCAGUGGUGAACUCAGAGUGAGCAAUUUCUUGCUGUGGCAAAUGGCUUACACAGAACUCUUCUUUAAUCCUCAACUUUGGCCUGAUUUUGGUAAAGAGCAGUUCGUGGAAGCUUUGGUUUCGUUUCAGCAAAGACAGAGACGCUUUGGUGGAAGACAUUCAUGA